AUGGAUGCAGCUGAUGACAUGGAUGAAGAUGAACUCCUGGGGUACGACAUUCAGAUGAGCAUCCAGGAGUCAUUUCAGAAAAGCAGUCUGACAGGAUCAGGAAGGUACGAUUCACUUCAACCACACAUAUAAAGCUCGGAGUGUCAUUAUCGAAGAUUCACCCUCAUCUUCCUGUUUGUGUUAAGGAGUGAAUAUCUGAAGCUUGUGGCAGCCAUCAAACGAGGUAAAAAUGAACCAUCUACUGUCCAUUUUCAUUACAAAAGGAUGACUGUAAGCAGAGUACAAUUUAAGAGGGUGGGGUGUGGGUGCAGGGCUGUUCAACUGAAUGCAGAGGUGGAAAAACACCCAAAAUCCCCAAUAAAUGCUGAAUGGGUCCAGACAGACUGGAAUGAAAAUUUAAGAUAAAGUCAAAUCUACUCACAGUAACUCCCCCUGCAGGUGACAUGUUGACUCUACAGGAGCUCUGUGAAUUUCCAGCAGCCUUUGGUCAGGUGGAUGAGCGUGGUUGGUAUCCUCUGCACUGGGCGGCAGUCCAACCCGUGGUCCAGGUCUUGGAGGUGGUGCUGUACGGUGGGUAAGAGGUCAAAACUAAAGCGAAGGGAGCAGCUUCACGGGCUGUAAACUGCUAUAUGUGUUUAACUUAAGAUUCCAUAUUAUGAAUUUAUAUUUGCCUACGCACGUAUGCUUUUGUCAGCUUUUAGCUUAGCACUUCUGAGAAUGUGGGAAUGUCAAAGCUUCUGCAAUGUUUCUGUAGCCCUGGGAAAACAUAUUUUCAACAAGGUGAUUCAAAUGGGUUCCUGUAGUGACAUAAUGACAGGAGGAAUUUGCUUAGGCAUGCAUUACAGAAAUCCCCUCCCACUCUGUAAGCUGGUCUGUCUCCUGCUGAGCUAUUGUGGCUUUAUUUUGCUGUUGCAUUAUGAAGAUGUCAGAGCUCUGGGUCGUACCUGCCAACUGCUAUGGUGGCUGACAAGGACACUGAAUGCCCUGCAAAUGCACAAAUUACUUAAUGGGUAACUUAAACUUUACUGUUUGUGGCAAGCGCCUCAAAUCGCCUUACAAGUGUUGGGCACAAACAUGAAAGUCAAGACAGCGAGAACAUACUAAUCAGAGACAUGUUGUCUUAGCUGCAGCUUCAAUGCUUUAUCAGUUGCUUCUUCCAUUUGUGUUGUGGCACAGGUUCUUCUGGAGCACUCUCCAUGUUUGUUUCGGUGUUUUUCCGCCUCAGCAUCUGUCUGCAACGCUCUGCGCCCUCUCCAGUCAGAUAAUAAAACAAACAAUUAUUGUUUUCUGGAAAAAUUCAGAGCUUAUUUUUGUGAAAUGACACUCAGUUUCUUGUGUUCUUCAGCAUCUUUCAGUCUGACUCUGGAGGAAAAGACGUUAGAAGGAGAGACCUUUCUGACAUUGGCUGUAAAAGACGAUUUGGUCGAGAAUGUGAAGCUGUUGCUGCACCAUGGAGCUUCUCCUCACACCACCAACAGUAUGAAUGAGUCCCCCCUGCUUUUAGGUCAGAAAACUAUUCAAAAACUGUGAAUUUGACUUCAAUUAUUUUGUUGGCUCCAGUGACACCUUCUUCUCUCCUGUCUGACCUGCAGCAGUCAGAGCUGGAUCUUAUCAGAUGGUUUCCACCCUGAUACUUGGAGGAGCUCUGGUGGAGCAGGUGUGUCUAAAGAAGUGGACUGCCAUGCAUGAGGCGUCCAGGGCAGGCUGUCUUGAUGUGAUGGAGCUCCUGUUGCAGAAUGGAGGUCAGGUUUCCAAAACAGACCAGCAUGGAGUCACUCCCCUGGGCAUUGCUGCCGAGUACAGCCACCCUGAUGUCCUGGAGCUCCUAAUCAAACAUGGUGAGUUCACAAUCUGCUCAGUUUCAAAUUUCAUAUUAAUGUUAACAACUUUAAAAAGCCUAUUAAACACCUUCAGCUCAUAGAGUGAUGUUUUUAUUUAUUUUUCAUGAAGGUGCUGAUGUGAACGCCCAGGCGCCAAACGGCGACAGCGUCCUGUACGACGCUGCAGGUUCAGGGAAUCCAGACUGCAUCGACAUCCUGCUGCAGCAUGGAGCAAAUCCCAACACCCGCAACCUGAGCUCCCAGCUGCCCAUCCACCGAGCGGCACAUGAGGGACACUACCUGUAAGAAGGACCUAGUUACACACUAGGAUCAAAUUUUAACCAGUUAAAAUCCUCAUUAGGAUUUUAACUGGUUUAAAUUUGUGAAAACAAAGCUCAACUUAAGCAAGCUUGUCCAAAACCCUUUUAAAACCAUUACAACCCAGCUUAACUAAGUUUACUCAAGUGACACACAGCUCAAACUCCACCUAAACUCUGCUAAAACUGUGCUAACUAGUUGAAGCUGAGUUAAACUAGACUUAAACUUGGUUUUCAGAGUAAGUCAGGUUUAACGCCUUGAUAAACUGGGCUAAAAUCCAGUUGAAACCAUUUGACUUUGGCUAUAAGUCAUUUAAAUGUCAGACCCUGCUACUGUGGCUAUCAGAGUUUGGACUCAACGUAUGUGAUGUUUUAAGAUGAGUAAUCAUGAGGACUAAAUCUAGCAAAUCAAAGCUGUAUUUAGUUCCUGUUCCUGUAGGUAACCUAAUAAAUUUAUAAAAUCUUAAAGACAGCGGAAUCUAGAAAUGUCCGAUCUCCCGGAAUUUAAUCUAAUUUCUAACUCUUCAAGCUCUUUUUAUUCUCCUCUAGAGCUUUGAGGAUUUUCAUCCCCAUCACCACCAGACGAGCCCUGCGGCUAUCCGGCCACAGCCCCAUCCAUUCUGCUGCUGACGGAGGCCACGCCCACUGCCUGGAGCUCCUGCUGCAGAACGGCUUUGAUGUAAAUGCGCUGUUGGCUCCUCACAUCUCUGAAAACUACGGAGACAUGAGGAGAAGUCCGCUCUACUUUGCCGUCUCCAACGGUGAUGCAACCUGCACUGAAAUUCUACUGAGGUCAGGAGCCAAACCUGACCUGGAUCCUCUGUGCUGCCUCCUGGUGGCGGUCAGGUCGGGGCGUUAUGAGAUUGUGAAGCUGCUGCUGGCGGCCAAAGCAAACGUGAAUUGUUACUUCACGGCGUUAAACGACACAGUGUUUCCUACGGCGUUGCAGUAUUGCCUGAAGGACGAGGUGAUGAUGAGGCUGCUGCUCAACAACGGCUAUGACGCUGGGAAGUGUUUCUGCUGUAACCAUGGUGAUGACGACUGGGAGGACCUCAGCGAGUUUGGCUAUGCACAACAGGACGAAAAAGUCACGGUAAGUAAAUCAGGUAAACCCAUCGGUCAAUAGACAAGAGGUAGUGUCUGUGAGAGAGAGCAGGUCACCGGCCAAUCACAGGGCUGAUACAGAGAAAUGAGUACACUAAUUAUACACACACUUAGACCCCUUGGAUAACUUACAGCCAUGAGUUAACUCAAGAGUUUUGGACAGUCUUUGGACUGUGGAAAAAAACCUGGGGUACCAAGAGUAGAAUUACCAAAAAUCCCUGUUGGACCAGAACUGUCCCAUUUCAAACUCCAUGUCCCAGGUCCCAACAAAUAUCUAUACACUAACAUGUCUCAAUGUAAACCAGUCAAAACACUGUACCAAUGCACCAUGCUUGCAAAAUGACCCAAAAUGACCUGCUGACCUACAAACGCUGUUAAAACCAAAGCCAAACAGUGGGUUCAAUCAGCGACGCACUGACAAAAAAUACCAGACUUGACAAGGAAACUGGAUCAUUUAAACUCCAUGUAGGAAGACUCCUGUCCAGCUGGAGAUUGAACCAGGAACAUGACUCUGUGCAAACUGCUUCCCCACCGUACAGCCUGGUUGAUAUCCCAGCUUAACAAAGCCGGUGAUGUGCCUUUCUCUAGUCCAAGUUUAGUCACCUCUGGGUCAAGAAUGGAAACAGCAACAAUUGCAAAGUUGAGGCUUCAUAGUAGUCCACACUCCAGGGUUGAUGUUACAGUAUGAUUCAGUAUGAUUGUCCCUCUGUUUUGAUUGUUUUUUUUUCUCCAGUUUUGUGACUUCGUCAGCGUCUCCUGGCUGGGAAACCUGGUCGGCCGAAUCAUCUCCAUCCUCUUGGAGUAUGUUGGUCAAGUUUCUCUCUGCAGCAAACUGACAAAGAUCCUGGAGCAUCACAAGGAGUGGCCCCACAUUCACAGGACCAUAAGUGAGUUGAUACAGAGAGGUAAAAUCAACCAGACUGAAGCGCUGCCUUUAAGAACACAAACUGCUUUUCUGUCUGAUGCAGGUAACCCUCGUUCACUGUCUCACCUGAGCAGGGUGGUGAUCAGGAAACACCUGAGCUGCAGCAGUCUGAUGUCUGUCCAGCUUCCCAACAGGCUGAAGGACUACCUGCUGUUCAGAGACAGUGACCUGUACGCCAAACUCAUCUGCAGGGAGGACUGAGUUCAGAUGGUUUUAUAUCUUAUAUGAGGGGUCUUUGGUGUUGGAGAUGAAAUGGUGCUUAUUUUCAGGAAGGAAGUAGGAGGACAACCAAGAGUAUCAGUGUGAUAUCGGUAUUGGUAGGUACAGAAAUUAGUGGUGAUAGAGGUGACGACAGCUUACACAUGCCGGCUAUAUUGAAGUAUUUUGAAGAGCUGGAAACGGACAACAGGCACAUCGGGUCCUGCUUGAAGGGCGUUUGGCGAUGGCUUCACGUUCUGUCUUGUCAACAGUAUUUGGCAAGGGUGACCAUGAUUUUAAACCCAGCACCGGGAUCUUUUACAUGUACUGUACCAGUCAAUGCAUGUACUGUCAGCAUUUUGAGUAAGAUGGGAUCACUUAUCGGAC